UGAGGAAGUGCUUGAGCGCGCAGUAUUGGGUCGUUGCACUUCGAUGGCGGGGAAGCAAAACCGUCGCGUCGCGUAAAGCGCAGCCAUUACCGCGCGGCCGCACUGCACGCAUGCGCGGAUAUCACGAAUUGCGCGCCAAAAUAUUUCGCGAUCUCAAAUAAACGACUCGACGAUAUUUUUUAAUUUUUUUAUAUGACAAAUAUUUUUAUUUUAUACAAUUAUUUUUUGGAAUUGUUAGUGCUGUGUUUUUGUUGUACGGGGACGUGUUUUAUUCAAAAUGAAAUAUAAGGUCAAGGAUAUAGACGCGGAGAGUAAUCACUCCGGGAAAGUUACAACGAGCUCUAUGGAAGAAAAAUUAGAACGCACAGUACGAUGUUCGUCAGUGCUGAUAGGAGCGCUGGGUAUCUCCCUGAUAGCUCUGGCAAUCUACACAGCGGUGCUGGUGCUCACUGAGUACCGGAGUCCGAGGCCCUGUCUCAGUGAACAGUGUGUUGGGACUGCUUCACGGAUCCUGCAAGCCUUAAACAAAGAUGUGGAUCCCUGUACUGACUUCUACGAGUUCGCGUGUGGAGGCUGGAUCAAACAGAACCCUGUGCCAGACUGGGCCACCUCCUGGGAUCAGCUGGCGAAGCUUCGAGAACAGCUGGUCACCGAUCUGAGGGAUCUGCUUGAAGCCAAGGACGAUGAUGGAUUACCACAGAGUGUGCUAAAAGCCAAGAGUCUUUAUAGGACUUGUGUUAAUACUGAAAGACUAGAGGAUGAUGGCAUCAAGCCGAUUCAGAAAAUCCUGCAGAAAUUGGGUCUUCCACCGCGUCCUCCCACAGAGGUGUCUGCCAACUUCACAUGGGAGGCAGUUGCGGGCAGGGGGCGAAGGAACCUGGGGCUGAAUGUGCUGCUCAGCGUGCAGGUCGCUGAGGAUGUUAGGAAUACCAGCAGGAACCGCGUCGUGAUCGAGCAAGUAUCCCCAGGGUUCAGCGACCGCUACCUGCUGCAGCCGGAGCAGUUCUCGCACGAGCUGGCGCAGUACCACAAGUACAUCAGGUCCAUGAUCAGCAUCGCCGACAACGAGACCGACGCCGAACAGUUUGCUGAUGAUAUUGUCGACUUCAGCAAGAAAUUGGCUAAGAUAAUGACACCAGUGGAGGUGCGUCGCAGUGGUACUCAUUUGUUCCACGAGGUCAGCGUACAGCAGCUGAUCCAGGGCUCCAGCGGUGGGCCAGCGCAGUGGAAACAGCACGACUGGGAUCAAUACCUGAAGCUGGUGUUCUCGAACACGAGCGUGGUGCUGCACCCGCACACGGACCGCGUCAUCGUCAUGGACCUGCCCUACCUGCAGAAACUGUCCGUGUUGCUGGUCGACACCAAGCCUGUUAUCAUUGAACGUUUCCUCUGGUGGAGUGUGUUCUCGACGGUGGCUCCGAUGACCCUGCGCGAGUUCCGCGACCUCGGGUUCGAGUUCUCGCGCGCCGUGUUCGGGCUGCAGCAGCGCACGCCGCGCUGGAAGAGCUGCACCGCCAACGUCAACGCCAACUUCGGAGUCGCGCUCAGCUACCUCUAUGUCAAGAAGCACUUCGACUAUACUAGUCGGCAGAAGGCUAUCGAGAUGGUGGAAGACGUGCGCGAGGCGUUCGCUGCAGCAGUAGUAUCCCUGGACUGGAUGGACUCCACGACGCGGCUGAAGACGCUGGACAAGCUGAAGGCCAUCCGCAACUUCGUCGGCUUCCCCGCCUGGCUGCUCACCCAUGAACAACUCGAUAAACAUUAUAAACACGCGGAGGUAGUGGAAGGCAAUUUGUUCGAAACGUACCUGAAGCUCACGUUCGCAGCGGUGAAGAAGUCGCUGGAGUCGCUGCGAGAGAAGCCAGACAGGAACCGAUGGGUGGCCACCGCUACUACUGUUAAUGCAUUCUAUUCCGCCACCCUGAACUCUGUCACGUUCCCUGCCGGUAUACUGCAACCACCCUUCUAUGGCAAUGGAAUUGAAGCGAUUAACUACGGAUCCAUUGGUGCCAUAAUGGGACAUGAGGUCACUCACGGGUUCGACGAUCAAGGUCGUCGUUACGACGAGGAGGGCAACCUGAAGCAGUGGUGGUCGGCGGCGACGCUGGAGCACUACCACAGCAAGGUGCAGUGCAUCAUCGACCAGUACAGCAAGUACCACAUGCCGCAACUGCCCAACUAUACCGUGCACGGGUUCAACACGCAGGGCGAGAAUAUCGCGGACAACGGCGGGCUGCGCGCCGCCCUGCGCGCGUACUCGCUGCUGGGGGCGCGCGCCCCGCUCGAGCGCCGCGUGUCGCUGCCCGGCCUGCCCGACUACAAGCCGCACCAACUCUUCUUCUUAGGGUUCGCACAGAUAUGGUGCGGCAACUCAACAGUAGGCGCUUUAAAAUCGAAAAUGGUGGAAGGCGUCCACAGUCCGAACAAGAUCCGAGUUAUCGGCACCCUGAGCAACUCCAAGGAGUUUGCGGAGGCCUGGAGCUGUCCCCUCGGGUCGCCGAUGAACCCGGAACACAAGUGCGUGCUCUGGUGACACUGUGAUUUAGCUAUAGGACUACCAAAGACUUCUAGAUUACCUAAAGUUACCGCCUUAGGGUUUACGUACAAGUUUUAUAUUGCGAUGCACUCUUGAUAUUAUGUGAUGGAACUUUUUUAUGCUAAGCUAAGUAGUCAUUCGUUAUGUUAAAAACGUGAUUGUGCUGUGUUACUGUGUGAUUAACUUAUGACUUGUAUACUGAUUGACUUUUUAGAGACUGGUAGAAAACAAAAUAAAUAUGGAUCUAUUUCAAAUAUAGAAUGUUUUGUUUUCUUUAUUCAAAUUCAAUUCGUAGAGAAGUAGACAAAGCGUUCUAUGUUUUAAAAAGUAGGUUGAUUAAAUUUGUUUAUGACUAUUUUGAAGAAAUGUGACUUUUGUAUUUGUGUUUUAUGUUAAGAAAGGGCUGAACUUUUACUCAUUGAAUGAGAAGGAAAUCGAAGCUGUUGACUAUCAGUUAAUGUUACCCAUAAAUUAGUUAAUUUUAUAAUAGGUAUUGUAAUUAGAUUUAAGUUAUGUGUUUUUCUAAGCUAUAGUUUUAAUGACAUUAAUACAUUUCUUAAUCAAACUUAAAACAUAUUUUUACUUCAUAAUUAGAAGUUAAAAUAUAUUCUAAGUUCAACCAAUAAUAAUGUCCAAAUGAUAUUAUUUAAUUCAUUGUCCAUUUUGAAUUUGUAACUAAUAUCAUUAUAUCGCGCAAUAACUGGAGUGCAUCUAUUAACAUAGUGAACAAAAAUUAUUUAUUAUGAACAAAUUAAAAAGAAAUCGAUAUUA